AAACGGUCCAAAAAUGGCUCCUCACUGAAAAAAAAAUCAAAAGAAAGAAAAGAAAAAUGGUUUCAAAAGCUGAGGCGCCAAAUUUGCAUCUACUCCCGCGCCUUCCCCAACCCCAUUUAUCUAUCCUCCAAAAUCCACCUUUUUCCCAAAACCCUUUUCCCUUCAUCAAUUUUUAUGCUCUGUACGUGUCCUCACGCGCCGCCGGAUGCAGGGCCACCUACCCCACCCCGUCACCCCCAUCUCCGACGCCGACUUCCUGAUCAGGCGCGGCAAGAAGAGGGGGAGCUACAACUGCGGCCGCUGCGGGCUGCCCAAGAAGGGCCACCGGUGCCCUUACCCCACCGACGACGCCGACCCGGCUACCCCCAUGUCCACCCCGACCGCCGGCGCCGACGAUCCGUCCUCCGCACCCGCCACGCUCGGGUCGUCGGUGGCGGCGGAGAAGCUGGUCUGCGCGACGCCACCGCCCGCGGUCCGGCGCCGGCGAGCUCUGUUGUUUGAUGACACCAGCGUAGCUGAAUCAAUCGAUGUUCUGGAUGAGGAGCGGUUCGAUCUGGAGGAGGAGGUUCCGGAUCCGUACGGGUCGGAUGGUCUCCCGAUGAGCUGCCUGUGGGAGGUUCUGCGGAGGCUGCCUCCGGCGGGGCUGCUCUCGGCGGCGAGGGUGUGCAGGGGGUGGAGGGAGACGACUAGAAAGCUGUGGCGUGCGGCGGAGGAGCUCCGGCUCAGAGUUCCGGCGAAGGCGCAGAUUGGAUUUGUGGGGUCCAUUCUGCAGAAAUGCCCUGGCCUGUUAAGACUAUCGAUUAGAAUCGAAAGUGAUUUUGAUGCAACAAUGCUGGCCUGUAUUGCCUUCUCGUGCCCAAAUUUGCAGUCUCUGGAGAUCUUUACUGCUGAUUCCUCUACUAAUCGGAUCUCUGGGGAUGAGUUGAGUCGUUUUAUUGCUGAUAAAAGAUGCCUAACCAGUCUCAAGAUGGAAGGUUGCUGUAACAUUGGGGGUUUUAUAUUGUCUUCAACUAGUCUCUCUUCUCUCUGGCUUUCAGAUCUUCACUCCCUUUCUAAGAUGAUUUUUAACUGCCCAAAUCUAAAGGAGGUUUCUUUGGACUUUUCUUGCCAAGAAAAUGAUAGCACUGACCUUAGAACAGUCAUGGAUGCAUUGGGAAGAAGCUGCCCUAAGCUUCAAAACAUCCAUAUUGCCUCAGUUUUGCUCUCACAUGAUGUUGUGUUAGCCCUCUCAGCCUCAAAUUUGAGGGGAUUGCGAAUGCUAUCUCUUGUUCUAGGAUCUGGGAUAACCGAUGCAUCAGUGGCAGCUAUUGCUUCAAGUUUUCCAAAACUAGAGUUGCUCGAUUUAAGUGGGUCUAGCAUCAGUGACAGUGGCAUCGGGAUGAUUUGCAAUGUCUUUCCUGAUACUUUAUCGAAACUUCUACUUGCUCUUUGUCCAAACAUCACUUCAAGUGGCAUUCAGUUUGCUGCUGCUGAGCUUCCUCGUCUAGAACUUAUGGACUGUGGAAUGACCAUAUGUGAUCCCAAUUCUGACAAUAACUCCAAAGAAAAGGAUAAUAAUGAUUCUGAAUUACAAAAAAUGUGCAAUAGCUCGCCACACAUUACACACCAGAAGUUAAUCAUCAAGCACAAUCGCAUGAAGAAACUAAGCUUAUGGGGUUGUUCUGGCCUUGAUGCUUUGUAUUUGAAUUGUCCUCGUCUUACUGAAUUGAACCUCAAUUCUUGUAGGAAUUUGCAUCCAGAGAGACUGCUAAUCCACUGUGCCGAUUUAGAAAGUGUGCAUGCAUCUGAUUGUGAAGAAAUGCUUGUAAAGACCAUUGAAGCUCAGGUUUUGGGUGAUUUUGGUGCUUCUGAUAAUCAAUUUCCCUCUAAAAGAUUACCCGAUGGCUCCAAAAGGGUUCGGAUUCCAUAUGUCUGCAGCCCUGGGACUUACAAAUCCUACAAACAAUUGCAGCCAUGUGAGGAUGACAAUAAACGUCGAAGGGUUGUGAAAAGACAAUGUUCGGUUAUUGUGACGCCGUAAAAUACGUGCAAAAUUUUUUAUCGACUUUUGUGGUCAAUGAUUUGACUUUGCCUGUAUGUACUUGUUUUGUUGUUCAAUUAGGUAGAGGGAUGAACUAAUAGGAUCAAUAAAAAUUGAAGUUUACUUGUUUCAACUUGAUGUUUUAUGUCAUGUGGCUGUGAUUAUUUUGUGUACUUGAAAAAAGAAUAACUUUAGUUUUCUUAGGUUUGAAGUCAUGUCUUAUUUACUCAAGUUAUUAUUGAAUGGAGUUAUUCAUUCUGAAA